UCAUUUGAGUGGAAAUCUCAGAGCAGGAGAGAAAAAGAACCUCUUCAUUAUUCAGGACCAAAAUGUAUAGGCCAGCACGGGUGCCAUCGACAAGAAUCCUGAAUCCGUACAUAGUGUGUUUUGUUGUUACUGCGGUGGUGGUAAUUCUUGCAGUGACAAUAGCUCUACUGGUUUACUUUUUAGCUUUUGAGCAAAAAUCUUACUUUUACCAUAGCAGCUUUCAAAUUCUAAACGUUAAAUAUAGUGAUGAGUUAAACUCACCAGCUACACAGGUAUAUAAGAGUUUGAGUGGAAGAAUUGAAUCUAUGAUUACUAAAACACUCAAAGAAUCAAAUUUAAGAAAUCAGUUCGUCAGAGCUCAUGUUGUCAAACUCAGGCAAGCCGGUAGUGGUGUGAUAGCAGAUACUGUUAUGAAAUUUAAAUUCCCUAGGAAUAACCAUGGUGCAUCAAUGAAAACCAGAAUUGAGUCUAUUUUACACCAAAUGCUGAAUAACUUCGGAAACUUGGAAAUAAAUUCUUCGACUGAGAUAACACAAAUGACUGACCAGGAUACAGUACAUAUGUUCACUCAAGAGUGUGGGGCCCGUUCAGACCUAAUGACGUUGUCUACAGAGAGAGUCGUGGGAGGCUCCGAUGCUGCGGAAGGAGACUGGCCAUGGCAAGUCAGUCUACAGUGGAAUAAUAUUCACCACUGUGGAGGCAUCCUGAUCAGUAAAACGUGGAUCCUGACAGCAGCUCAUUGUUUCAGAAGAGACUCUGAUCCUCGUAAAUGGAUUGCCACCUUUGGUAUUUCCUUAACAUUUCCUAAACAGAGAAUGAGAGUAAAGACUAUUUUAACCCAUAAGAAUUAUAACUCUAUAACUCAUGAAAACGAUAUUGCAGUUGUGAAACUUGCAACAGAUGUCGACUUUACCAAAAACAUCCACAGUGUGUGUCUCCCAGUGGCUACCCAAAAUAUUUCACCUGGUUCUACUGCUUAUGUAACAGGAUGGGGAUCUCAAAAAUAUGGCGGCUACACAGUUAAAGAUCUACAGCAAGGACGGGUCAACAUAAUAAGUAAUGAAGUAUGUAAUGAACCAUUUAGUUAUAAUGGAGCAGUCUUGCCUGCAAUGCUAUGUGCUGGAGUACCUUACGGUGGAGUGGAUGCAUGCCAGGGUGACUCUGGUGGCCCACUAGUACAAGAGGACUCAAGGCAACUCUGGUUCCUUGUGGGGAUAGUAAGCUGGGGGGAUCGAUGUGGUCUGCCAGAUAAGCCAGGAGUAUACACUCGAGUGACAGCCUACCGUGACUGGAUAACCGAACAAACUGGGAUCUAGUGUAAUAAAUGCCUCUCUGUCACAAAGUCUGCAUGAAGGUGGGCCUGUCUAAGAUUCCAAAACUAUUCUUUUCAGAUGCAAAAGAAAUGGGAAGUGUCUAACAUCCUAUUACAUAAAUAUGGUUUCACAAACACUGUUGGAUCUUUAUUACUAUGGAUUUUCUAUUUUAUCAAGAAAAGCAUAUGAACAUUGAAUAGCACUGUGGCUGUGUGCUAGGGGAAAGACAGAAAACUAGUUACAGAGGUAAGAAUUUAAUUAUAAUUGUGAUAAGUGCUAGUAGUGAGGAAAACAGGUACUCAAGAGUGGAUACUAGAGGAAUCUGGACACAUCUGCAGAGUCACAGGCAUCUUCUGUGAAGAAGUCUCACUGAAGCUGAUAAGUGGGCAAAAUAUUGAAACUUGCAAAGGAAGAAAUGGUGGAUUAACAUUCAAGACAGACAGAACAACAGGAGGCAAUAAAAAUACGAUUUAUUCGAAAUUUCUGCUUACUCAAUGUUUUAUAGGUAGGGUAAGUCCUGAAAUUAAGUAUGUGAAGUCAUUGCUCAGUCCUACAGCAAUCUCAAGUAUCCUGUAAGAACAUGCUCCCAUAAGAACUAACUGAUGAAUUUCAGGCAUUUAAGAUCAAAGCUGAAAUAUUUGCUCCUCAACUAAGACCCAAAGCAUUAUAAACAAUUUCCAUGAUUACUUUUAUUAAAAAUAUCCUUCAUCUAUGCAAAGGAGAGAAUUUAUUUCCUCCAUAGAGAAGCUUAUGAAAUAUACCUACCCUAU